AUCAAACACUCUUAUAAAAUUUACACACAAGAGAUUAUAAUCCACAUGGUGGUGCAGUGGGAAAAAAUGUAGUGAAGCAAAAUGUUCAACUACCACAAUUAAAUGAAGUCUGUCGGCUUCUCAUCCGAAAUUACUCUCAUUCAUAAAGGCUGCCAUUAUUUAGUUGAGACGUCUUCCACCAAAUUUAUUAUCGCUCUAUGACUAUCCCCAUCACCCUCCAAUUUUCUCAAUUAAUUUUUUAAAUAAAAUAGAAAAUAGGUGGAAAAUGGGGGAUUUUGUUGUGAUGUUUGUGGAAGGGCGGCCGGCGGGAACCGACGGCGGUGUUGGUCUCAUGCAUUCGUUGCGAUGAGAUUGAUGACAAGGCUUGAAGUUGAAUCAGUGAAACGAAAUGAAAUUUUGUCUUAGGGGAAAGACACGGACACAGACAGUCACAGACACCUUCUUAUUCUCCCACUACCUUAAAUCCGACGUGGCAAACGCCCACAAAACUCUUAACAAACUCACUCCUUUCCUCAUUAUUUCCACAUUCCAUUAAAACCCUCACCACCAUGCGCCACCACGCUCUGCCCCCUGCUCCGGCGCCCCACCCAUGGCACCCGCCCUCUCCUUCUCCCAAAUCCUCACAACAGACACCGCCUUCGUCCGCGUCCGACUUCGCCUCCCCCCCACCGUCGAAAUUGCCGGUUGACUUCAGCCCCCCUCUGAUCGCCAUGGUCGUCAUAAUCGCCACGGCCUUCGUCAUCAUCACCUACUCGCGCCUCCUCUCGCGUCACUUCAUCCACGCCUACCGUCGCUACAGGCGCUGGCGGCGGCGGAGGCGGCGCUACGUCCCGUCGUCCUCCGCCGGCGACAUCGAGUCGCCGCCGUAUGCGUACGACCCGACCGAUGCCUUCCACGUGCUCUCGCCCUACGGCCUCGACGAAUCGAUCAUCAAAGGCAUUCCUCUGUCCGUCUACACGCGGAAGAGCGGCUUCUACGACUGCGCCGUGUGCUUGCUGGAGUUCGAAGAGAACGAUUACGUCCGCACGCUGCCGGUAUGCUCCCACGCCUUCCACGUCGACUGCAUCGAUAUAUGGCUGCGGUCGCACGCCAACUGCCCGCUCUGUCGCGCCGGAAUUUUCCGUCCGGACUCGCCUUUCACGCCGCUGAUGGCGGCGAGGAUCCGGCCGAGCCUCGACGACAUGAUCAUCGAGAGCACGAUUUUGGAGCCUCUCACCGAAAUCUCGGCGGAAUCGGAAGCGGUUACGGAGGGGGAAAUCACUCAGGAACCCUCGCCGCGGCGGAAUUACAACCAAUCAGAGGACAGGUUCAACCGCCGCGAUUUCCUGUUGAAGCGAUCGUAUUCGUUCGGAUUCGAGCGGAAUUUAGGAUCGGAGAGAUUAGUGCUGGAGCCGGUGACGUCCUCGCCGUGGCGGUACCGGAGAGGCGGCGGCGGAGGAAGCGUGUGGAGCAAACGCCCUUCGCCGUUCAGCUCGCUGACGAAACCUAGGGUUUUCUCAUUCCGCUACUACAGAGGCAUGAAAUCCCCAUUCUUCCGGCGGCGGAGCAUCGGCAGCUUCUUCCCCCUGUCCGAGUCGAGCGCGCGGGGAGGCCUGUCGAGCGGCGGCAGCUCGUCGCGGCGGACGAAAUCGUUCGCCAGCCCGAUGUUCAUGCGGUCGUCGGCGGCAGCGGUGUUCUCGUCGAGCCGGCUGCGGAGCGGCGAUCCGGAGGCGCUUCUGUCGCCGGAGAGGUUCAGCAGACGGUGAGGAUGGGCGACACGUGGAUGGCUGAGGAUGAAGGCGCGAAAAAUGGUGUGGAAAGAAAAAAGGAAAUUAAAAGAGUCUCAUGUGGGAAAUUUAAUAGCGUGUCUGGAAUUACUGAAGGCGGCAUUAAAUGGAGGGGCGCAUUUAAAGAAUCGGGCUGUCUCGCUAUAUCUAUGGAUGGGAAUUUCUCGCUGCGGCGACCUUCUCGCUGCGCCGGUGGUCGCCGCAGCGGAGGCGGAGAUGGAGGUGGUGGAAAAUCCGACAAUUGGAAGUGGAGCACUAAAAAUGGUUGUGUUUGAACGUUGAAACAAAUGGGGCAUGCUAGCACUAUAUUGGAUUGCUUUUUGGGGUCAAAUCUUUGGUGAGUACAAUUGUUGAUCGAGACUAUUAUGUGAUUAAUUGGAUGGAUUGUGAAAUUGGGAUUUUUUGUUGAUCGGUGCUCAAUUUCGAUGAUAUUGUAAUCAUAGGUUCAAAUGAGAAGUGAGCACUUACCUUUAUAUUUGUUUUCUCUUAGUUAAUGGUUGAUGUAAUGAUUCCGGAUGUUGAUAUAUUUGUACUUUUACAUUUAAAA